AUGGACACCACAGAAGAAGAAUCUACCAAAUUAGCUAUCAAAAUAGGUCUAGCUGUCGCCAUCUUCCUUUUGAAUACUGGUUUGACCAUUAAAGUCAUCGAAUUGUACCAGGAAUGCUCAAUUUUAUUGAACGAUGGGAGUUUAGGCGCAGACUGUUCAGUUGCCAAAUCAUUUGACGAACGUAUCCGCACUACAAUGAAAAGAGCGUGGCUAACAAUGUGUAAUUCAUCAGGUUUUAGAGAAUACUUCAGGGAACUUUUACUUCACGCUGAAACAAGGAUUAAAGAGGCAAAGAGCUUUUUUGAAUUAGCAGUAAAUAUCAUGAAAAUGACCGGCAAAAGACAGGGAGAAGCAAAGUAUUACGGAGAACUCCUCUCUUCUGGAGAACACGACAACGGUAAACAAUGUUUGGAGAUAGCAAUUGAAAUAAACAUGCAACUUUGUGACAAAAGCUGCGUAGCAGAAAAUUACAGAAAGCUCGGCUUAUUGUUCUAUAAGCUGGGCCCGCGAAUACCUGGAGAAAGCAGUCACUAUCAAAAUAGAACUGGCGACAGAGAUGGAAACCUCAGAAAACUGUUCCAAUCGCUCGGCAAUAAUGAGAAAGCCCGAGAAUACCUUCAGAAAGCACUCACUAUAAAAUUAGCAAUUGGCGACAGAGAUGGGGAAGGGUCAAUCUACGGAAACCUCGGAUCCCACUUCCUAUCGCUCAGUAAAGAUGAGAAGGCCCAAGAAUACCUGGAGAAAGCACUCACUAUCAAAACAAAAAUUGGCGACAGAAAUGGGGAGGCAUUAAACUAUGGAAACCUCGGAAUGCUUUUCCGAUCGCUCGCCAAAUAUGAGAAGUCCCGAGAAUACCUUGAGAAAGCACUCACCGUCCAAAGAGAAAUUGCCGACAGAUAG